AUGUACCUCAGGACCUUACAGUUACUGGUGAUCGGCGUAAUAAUACAUAAUACACAAGGUUAUACUCUAUCCAGGCGUAGAAGAUGUGCCCCUGUCAGUUUUAUGUGUUUUAACAUGAGAUACGACUUCUCCACUGGCUGUUUUGUAUGUGGAGGUAACAAUAACCAACAGGCUACUACGACGACAGCUACUCCACAGUUCACCAACACCGUCAAAGGACAACAAAGAAACCCUAUUACAAAACCUACAACGACUACUCCCUCAACAACAACUACACCGACUACAACGACUACUCCCACGACAACAACAACUCCCACAACAACGACUACUCCCAGGACAACAACAACUCCAACGACAACGACUACACCAACGACAACGACUACUCCCUCGACAACAACUACACCGACUACAACGACUACUCCCACGACAACAACUACUCCCACGACAACAACUCCUCCCACUACAACGACUACUCCAACAAAAACGACUACUCCCACGACAACAACUACUCCUUCUCCAACGACGAAGUCUACACCAACACCCACUACAAUGACUUCUCCUUCCUCAACGACGACUCCAACUCCUACUUCUAAGUCUACCACAACGACUACUCCCACAACUACUUCUACUCCAACGACAACGACUACUCCCACGACAACAACGACUCCCACAACAACAACUCCUACUUCAACAACUACUCCUACUACAACGACUACUCCCACGACAACGACUACUCCCACGACAACAACAACCCCCACAACAACAACUCCUACUUCAACAACUACUCCUACUACAACGACUACUCCCACGACAACAACUACUCCCACGACAACAACAACUCCCACAACAACGACUACUCCCACGACAACAACAACUCCCACGACAACAACCACACCGACUACAACGACUACUCCCUCUACAACGACUACACCAACGACAACAACUCCCACAACAACAACAACUCCAACGACAACGACUACUCCCACAACAACAACAACUCCCACAACAACAACUACUCCCUCUACCUCAACGACUUCAGCCCCUAAUACUACCUCAGCUACAACGCCGACAAAGAAGACUACCACCACUAAACCGACACCAAAGAUUACCCUGCCACCAGCGAAAACAACUACAGAGAAAGUAACACUUCCGCCGUCCCACUCAGCAGGAACGGUAAACGUCUCUACAACAAUAAACCCCACAACCACUGGUUGUCCACCAUUUCCAAAUAACUGUCCAGGACCCUGUGGAAACUUUGACCCAGUAACUUUCUGUCCAGUCUGUGACUACAAACUGUGUGGUAUGACGCCUCCUCCAGCUGGCUCCUCUACAACUUCCGGUUGUCCAGCAAUGUUCUGUGUUCUCAGCUGUCCUAAUGGUUUCAAGAAAGACACUAACGGCUGUGAUAGAUGUGAAUCAAUAAAAGGAAGUAUUUUGUUUCGGCGGAAGAGCACAAAAUGUGAAGCAGUGGUGAUGUGUCCCCAGUUUUGCUUAAAGGUGAAAAAUGGAUGCUAUAUCUGCGAAUGUGGAGAUUCUAUGAACUCCUUUAUGGAAGAAGCGGUACAGAAAAUGAAGCAUGACUAUGACCCCAUUUAUCAAACAGGAAGUCGAUAUCUUAACGUAAACAUGGGAUCACGUGGGGCUAUAAAUGGACAGAAACCGAAUUCCGCACAAUCCCCCUGGAUGAGUAUGGGCAUGGGGGCAUUUGGAGCUAAUUCUUUUGGUGGACCCAUGAUGGGUGAAUUAUCCGUUAUCGAACAAAAGGGACAGUAUCUCGAGCCCGACUUUAAAGAGUUUUACAGACCUGCUGGACUUGCUUUACCAGGAAGAUGUCCGGAGUUGAACUACGCAUGCCCAGGACGAUGCUGGAAGACUGACGGUUUUAGUGGGUGUUUUCGUUGUGAUUGCGAAGAUAAUAAAUCAACAGCUAAGAGCACAUCAUCGUCCUUACGAAUGUCAACAAGAGCGCCGCUUACCGAGAACAAAUCCACAACUGCAGCGCCGUCUACCAAAACUGAAAGAACCACAACCCACGCCCCAGCAACACAAACAAGUAAUCAUGCAACUUCAACUGUUUCGUCCCAUAAAACGUCAUCAAUUGUAUCAUCCUCAACAAAGCUAAUCUCAUCACAAUUAAAAAAUCUGAAUAAUAUCAAAAUAAACCAAGGCAAAACUUCAGAACUUGAUGGAACAAAUUCAUCAUUGACAUCUGAAGGAAAUCCUCAAAUGGAAACUACAGGGGUUAAAGGACAAAAAGGGAAUACAUCCGGCAAAAGUAGCGGAAAUGUACAACAAAUAAAUACGGUGUCGAAUUCCAGUUCCACUAUGUUAACCGAAACAAACCUUACCGGACGUGUCGGUCCCCCUAGUGCAAAAAGUUUAAUGGAUCUAACAGGAGUGGAUUUAUUUAAAAUUUUAAUUGAUGGAAUUAAGAAACAUCAAUCACUUCAGGAGGUGCUGUACACUUUGGCUCACGUUGGAGGUCAAGGUCAUACAGCGCAAAAUGCUGGAAAUCUUGAGAAAAUGGAUAACACUGAAGCAAUGAAACACGAAUCCCAGAAAGGUGAUAGAAUCAAUAACUCAGAAACAUCACUCCAACAAACAAACAGUCUUUUAACACACCCAAGAACGAGUAUUGUAAACAUUACAUCUGAAACAACUUCAGAGCCUCCAAUAACCGAAGUGUCGGGUGGACCUCAUAAAACUGACAACACAGAAGGAAAAGCUGACCAGAAAAGCAGAAAGGAUUGUGUAGACGUUGGAGCCAUAUGUCCAGUUGAGUGUCACGUGAUCGAUCCCGUUUCACACUGCCCUGUAUGUGGCUGUUCAAACAAAACCUUGAAAUCCAAUGACCCGGAUAUAGGAUGUGCGCCUCUAGAUGUAAGCUGCCCUAGCGACUGUAUUACUCUGGCUGAUAACAUGUGUCCUGUGUGCGCUUGCACUCACAGACAGACACACAAAGUAACAUCAGAUGCCGUCUUUAACACUGAACCAACACCAACAACUAUUUCAUCUCAAAUGGGUACAUAUAGUUUACCCUUAAUUCUAUUUUUGUCGUGUUUUACAGUAUGUAAAGUUACAGAGGAAAUUCGAAAUUGUGCAACUUCCUGUUUGAAGUUUGAUGAACAUUUUUGUCCAAAAUGCACUUGUACUGCGAACAGCAAAUCAGGAAAAGGGUCGGACAACCCACAAAAUUCACCUGAAAAUGAUAAUAUUUGCCCAGCAGUAGAACGAGGCUGUCCGCAAAGAUGUCUAAAAUUUGACAAAAAUUACUGCGCAUACUGUUUCUGUGAUAAUGACUAG